AAAUUCAUUUCUACCUGGAGGCUAUGGCGGUGAUGAGCAAGAAGGUAGCUACCACAGCUCCGCUCGUCAUCCUUGGCUUGUGGACAGCAAAGUUGAUCUUUGAGCAAGCAGAAGUCUCCAUGUCUUCCAUAGCUGCUGGCUGCCCGGAUUCGGUGACGUACCCUUUCAGGUUUGGCAACCACGCCAUCGACAGAUUUAUCUGUGUUCUGGUAUUUUUCUUCAAGACCGCUCUGGACAGUAGCCUCGGACUCUGGAUCUCUGGCUACUUGCUUUCCGUCGCCAUAUCCACCUUUGCUUUCAUAGCUGUAGAAGCUUCACGAUAUGGACACGCCUGGCUCCUCAGCCUCACACCAAUCUACGCCUUUCUCUUCCAAGUUGGUGGCAUUUCUGUUGUCGUUCCGGCCCUCUGGCUCCCCAUCUAUAUCCUUUCGAACGCAGCUGAGAGAUCUCCUCGACAUGCUUGUGAUAAAACAAUAUCUUCUCACCGUGCAGUACUUAUCCAGUUUGCUCUCCUAUUCUUUGAGAUUAUUUCCGUAGCCAUGGUGCUGCCUCUGAAAAAUGUGAACAAAGACCUCGCCAUCUUCCUCUUUCAAUUCGCACCCAUAGUUUGUCCAAUAUUCUGGCUCCCCAUCACCACCACCAAAGACUCCGAUCCAGCCAGUGGACACAAGGCCGUGGUCCAUCUUCACUUCAUGCAAGCUGGUAAAGCAGCCGUCUGGCACAUUGUUGCGAUCCUGCUCGUGCUGGACGAUCCAGAAAUUCCGUCCAAAACACUUCAACUCUUGUGGCACCACCCAGGAGACCUUUGGUGCAGCUUCUUCCUUUUGAUAGACUGCCUCGUCCUUUUUGCUGCGAUGGUGUACUUGACGGCUGUAGAGGACGGAACUACGGCUGCUCUUUGUAUACUGCUUGGAGUGCCUAUACUCGGACCAGGAGCCAGUCUGUCGAUGUACUUCGCUUACAGGGAGGACAAGUUCCUGGAGACGACCAUAAAAACGAAGAAUAAGCACCAGUAGUCGGAGAUAGAACCGCACCCGUUCAAGCGAACCAGACUUGGAACACUGACCCGUAAUUUUUCUUAGUCGACCUCCUCCAUUUUGUGGCUGCUGCUUCCACUAGGAGCAUGCUCGGCACGCUUCUCAGGA